CCGCGACGGUCCAGAAAGGUCUGCGGAAAUGGCAGAUCAAUGCUUCCUCGUCCCGGGCAAGACGUGCUGCUAUGGGAUAGUCAUGAAGAUGUCGCGAUGUGACGUCACGAACACAUAUGCGGACUUGCAUCGGGACGAAUACACUGCAUACGCCAUCGUGUGCGGCGUCGUGGGGAUUGCAGCGUUGGUCGGGUGUGUGCACAAGCUGUACUCGGUCCAUCGAUGCAAAGGUUCUCCGAUUCAGAAGCAAGUGUAUACUCUCCUCAUCGUUGCGUCGGUCACAUUUAUUGCCCGCGCGGUGGACCCGAUGUCCUACGACUUUAUUUACCCCCCUGUCGUGAGUGGUUUGAUUUCAGACGUGUGCACAGCGUCCCUCUACAGCGUUUUGAUUCUGUCGGUAGCGUUUUGGGCACGGAUUGUCAUCCGUCCGACAGAUCUGGAGAGUGCUGAAAUCCCCAUCCGCGCGUCAACGGCGCUGGGGCUGUUUCUCACGUGGUUUGUGUUUGCGUGUGUCCGCCCGUUGUACCUCCUCCCGACAUGGGACGACGACGCUGCCCCCGAGCGCAUAUACCGGUCGUGGCACAUUCUCAUUCAAUAUUCCAUGGCACCAGUGCUUCUCUUCCUCAUAUCUACCCUUGCCGUCAUAUUUGGCAUUCGAAUCCACCGCCGUCUGAAAUCCAUCCGAGAAAUGCAUGAGCGGUCAGCUGCCAUCGCGUCGCUGCGCGAGCAUGCCCUCAAGGCCAACCCGACGGUCGUCCGGUCCGAGAGUGCCGACGAAUUGCCGCCACGAGUCCUAUUCACUUCAUCCUCCAGCAGCAUGGAAGAUCGAUUCGUCCUGACACGCGAUUCCCGCAUUCUCAAAGUGCUCGUCUUGAUGGCCAUCUUGUCCGCGGUCGUCAUCGUUGCUCAGAUCUACGUUUUGGUGGACUUUGUCGAACGCGGAUGCAUGCUCCAACGCGAGUACAAUUGCUCGUCCCUGCAAGCACCAUCCCAAGGCAAACCCACGGGUGGGUCCGUCGGAGACCGAGUGUGCGAGUUACCAUUUCCAUUUCCCAUGCUGCCGCUCACGCAGAUACUGGGUAUCGUUGUCAUGUACUGGAGCUUUCGCAAGACUCGGCCGCUAACGAAGGAAGCCGUGACAGAAGAGAUAUUUCUCAACCCGACGAAUAUUCAAGUGGACCAUGGCGCAGCCCGAACGACGUCGGCUUUGUCCCUCGUGUCGUCGGCGUCUGGUCGCUUCGUUUGAUCAGUUUUUCCAUGGACAAGAGCUCCAAGUGCCUUGAGCCAACCACCAUGCAUGAGAAGAGAUGGCAUUUGUUGAAAAUAUUAUUAAAAUUUUGUCCUUGUCCUCCU